AUGGUACGGAGUUCGGGGCCAUCAAGCCGGGGCACAGCCGGGGACGCGGACGUCCUCCGGGAGAGGGCCAUCCUCAUGUGCCCGGAGGCUCCCACGGGGUGGGGACAUGCCCGAGGGUGCGGGGACCAAGGGCAGGCUGGACGGCGCUGGGCGGCCCGGCCGCCUGCAGAGCUGGACUCCGUACCCAUGCAGGCCCGAGUGGCCUGUGGCCUGGCAGAUGUGCGUGUGAGUGUGGCCGUGGCCAUGGCCGUGGCCGGUGGGGCCAGCUCCCCCCAGGACGGCAGUGCCCUGGCUGUGCCCCAACAAGCAGGAAGGGAGGGUGUGGGGCCUCCCCAGGACAACACGCACACCCGGGAGGGGGGGAAGCCGACAGCCGAGCACAUCACACACACGCUCACACUCCUCACACCCUCCUCCAGCCCCACUGACCCCGCCACGGCCGCGUCCACCCCAUCUGUCUGCUCCAGCGCCCUGAGCUACGAGCGGCCCUGCCUGCCCGGUCCCUGCACCGGCUCCUGCUGGCAGGUGAACGACUGCCCAGAGAGCUGCUGCGAGCCCCCGUGCUGCACCCCCAGCUGCUGCGCCCCGGCCCCCUGCCUGACCCUCGUCUGCACCCCCGUGAGCUGUGUGUCCAGCCCCUGCUGCCCACCAGCCUGCACCAGCUCCUGCAUGGCCUCGUGCUGCCAGCAGUCUAGCUGCCAGCCCUCCUGCUGCACCUUCCCCUGCCAGCAGGCCUGCUGUGUGCCCGUCUGCUGCAAGCCCGUCUGUUGCACACCUGUCUGCUGCACACCUGUCUGCUGCACACCUGUCUGCUGCACACCUGUCUGCUGCAAGCCUGCCACCCCCUGCUCAGCCCCCUCAUGCUGCCAGCCCACCCCCUGCCCCUCGUCCUGCUGCAGACCCUCCUCCUCCGUGUCCCUCCUCUGCCGCCCCGCCUGUGUGCCCACCUCCUCCUGCCAGCCCAGCUGCUGCCGCCCGGCCUCCUCCGUGUCCCUGCUCUGCCGCCCAGUGUGCUCCCGCCCCAGCUGCUGCGUCCCCAACUCGGGCACGUCCUGCUGCUGACCGGCUGGAUCGUCUGCCCCCCACAAGCUGCUGUCUCUCGGGAGCCCCUGGAGCCCCUCUGCUGGCGCCGGGACCUCCCCUCUCCCCGUCGGUUGA